GUAGUGCAACUGAACUACGACUAAAGUAGUGUUCUCUGUUUAGAGUUUAAGAAAUUUUGUAAAAUUUGUAGAAAUGGCAGUUCCGAGAAUCGCUAUUGGAAGCGUGGGCGAGGCUACCUCGCCGGAUGCUCUCAAAGCCGCCGUGGCGGAGUUCAUUUCCAUGCUUAUAUUCGUCUUCGCCGGCUCCGGCUCCGGCAUGGCUUUCAAUAAGCUGACGGAUAAUGGAGCCGCCACCCCCGCCGGACUCAUUUCUGCGGCAAUAGCCCACGCUUUUGCACUCUUCGUCGCGGUUUCCGUCGGCGCCAACAUUUCCGGCGGUCACGUAAACCCUGCUGUCACAUUUGGCGCCUUCGUCGGAGGUCACAUCACCCUCCUCAGAAGUGUUGUUUAUUGGAUUGCCCAAUUGCUCGGCUCUGUCGUUGCUUGCUUGCUUCUCAAGUUUGCCACUGGUGGAUUGGAAACACCGGCAUUUGGGCUGUCAGCGGGAGUGGCGCCGUGGAACGCGGUGGUUUUCGAGAUAGUGAUGACAUUCGGGCUGGUUUACACGGUGUACGCCACGGCCGUUGACCCGAAGAAGGGCAACAUUGGGAUCAUUGCCCCGAUCGCCAUUGGUUUCAUAGUGGGUGCCAACAUUCUGGCGGGCGGGGCGUUCGACGGUGCAUCUAUGAACCCCGCGGUGUCCUUCGGGCCUGCCGUGGUGAGCUGGAGCUGGGAGUGCCACUGGGUUUACUGGCUCGGCCCGUUCUUGGGUGCCGCCAUCGCCGCCUUGGUCUACCAAGUCAUCUUCAUUUGCCAGAACACUCACGAACAGCUCCCCACCACAGAUUACUAAGGAUUUCGUCUCUGUAUCAUUGUGUGCCGGAUCCUAAGGGGUUCGAGGAUGUUCGUUGGUCUUUCGUUGUCUUUUCGAUCUUUUGAUUCCCCAAUGUUUGUUUCAAGCUUCUUGGCUUUGCCUCCUCCACUGUAAAAGCAUGUAAAAUUAUUGUGUCUUCUUCCUGUUUGGAAUCAAUUGUUGACUUUCAUUAUCUUUAA